AUGUCGAAGCUUGGGAUCACCGACGAAGAUGCUUUGGUGAUUGCCGAGGGUCUCAAGGAGAAUAGCAUUUUGCAGAGGCUUGAUUUGUGUGACAACCAGAUUGGCGACGCGGGAGCACAGGCGAUCGGAUCGGCGCUUCGAAACAAGUUGAGCCUGGCGCACCUUGACAUGAACGACAACAAGAUUAGUGAUGCCGGAGCUUGUGCCAUCGCUGAAGGCUUGACGACGUCGACUGCGCUGAAAAUUGACACCAACCAAAUCGGCGACGCGGGAGCACAGGCGAUCGGAUCGGCGCUUCGAAACAAGUUGAGCCUGGCGCACCUUGACUUGAGCAAUAACAAGAUUGGUGAUGCCGGAGCUCGCGCUAUCGCUGAAGGCCUGCAGACCUCGACUGGGCUGCUGUCGCUCAAUAUAUACGGCAAUCAAAUUGGGAACGCGGGAGCACAAGCGAUUGGAUCUUCGUUUCGGAACAAGGCCAACCUGUGCAUCCUCGACUUGCGCAAUAACAAGAUUGGUGAUGCCGGAGCUCGCGCUAUCGCUGAAGGCCUGCAGACCUCGACUGGGCUGCUGUCGCUCAACAUGUACGGCAAUCAAAUUGGGAACGCGGGAGCACAAGCGAUUGGAUCUUCGUUUCGGAACAAGGCCGCCCUGAAAAUACUACAAUUGGGCAGUAACAAGAUUGGUGAUGUCGGAGCGCGGGCCAUCGCUGCAGGCCUGCGGAAGUCGGCUGCGUUAAUUUACUGCUGUAUGCAGGCCAACCAAAUCGGCGACGCGGGAGCACAGGCGAUCGGGUUUGCGCUCCGGAACAAGGCCAACCUGUCCGAACUCAGCUUGGAAGCGAACAAGAUUGGCGAUGCUGGAGCUUGUGCCAUUGCUGAGGGCCUGCAGAUGUCGACUUCACUGACUCAGCUCAGAAUGCAAACCAACUAUAUCGGUGACGCGGGAGCACAGGCCAUUGGAUAUGCGCUUCGAAACAAGGCCAAGCUGUCCGUGCUCUACUUGAGCGAGAACAGGAUUGGCGAUGCCGGAGCUCGUGCUGUCGCCGAAGGCUUACAUACAUCGACGUCGCUGACUGACUUCAAGAUGCAAGCCAACUAUAUCGGUAACGCGGGAGCACAGGCGAUCGGAUCUGCGCUUCGAAAGACAGCUAACCUGUCUUUGCUCAGCUUGACCAACAACAAGAUUGGUGACACUGGAGCUAGUGCCAUCGCUGAAGGCCUGCAGGCGUCGACUGCGCUGACUCAGCUCGGGAUGCACGCCAAUCAAAUUGGUGACGAGGGAGCACAGGCGAUCGGAUCUGCGCUUCGAAACAAGCCGAACCUGUCUCUCCUCGACUUGGCGAAGAACAAGAUUGGUGACACUGGCGCUAGUGCCAUCGCCGAAGGCCUGCAGGGGUCGACUGCGCUUACCCGUUUCGGGAUGAACAACAAUCAAAUCGGCAACGUGGGUGCACAGGCGAUCGGAUCCGCGCUUCGGAACAAGGCAGACCUGGCUAUUGUCCACUUGGGCAGCAACAAGAUUGGUGACGCUGGAGCUUGUGCCAUCGCUGACGGCCUGCGGUCGUCGACUGCAUUGCUAGCCCUCGGGAUGCACGCCAAUCACAUUGGUGACACCGGAGCCCAGGCGAUCGGAUCUGCACUUCGGAACAAAGCAAACCUUUCUGUACUUCUUAUGGGCAGUAACAAGAUUGGUGAUGCAGGAGCUUGCGCCAUCGCCGAAGGCCUGCAGACGUCGACUGCGUUGACUGACUUCAAGAUGCACAUCAAUCAGAUUGGUGACGCGGGAGCACUGGCGAUUGAAUCGUCGCUUCGGAACAAGCCGCAGCUGGCCAUCCUCCAUCUGUCCCGCAACCAGAUCUCUGCAAGUGCUGUUCAGCGUCUAUCCCAAAGCAUUCCCGCAGAUUGCGAGUUCUUGGCGGAAAAUCAGAGCAUCAUUCCCCCGAGUCCAGGCCCCGUCGCACCCACACCCGCUCCGCUAUUCAAUGCUGCCAGCGCGCCUCUCGCGGCGUCCGAUUCGAUGGCUCGGCAAGUUGGUCAACAACUCCAAUCGCGUCAAGUGGAACCAGCUCAGCCCUCGUCCGCUGCACCCAUCAACGCCACCAUUCCGCGAGUGUCGUUGCAAGUUCUGUCGCAAGCCACAAUGCAGUUUUCAGAGUCCAGGCGCAUCGGUGGCGGUGGAUUUGGCAGCGUCUACUCUGCUGUCUGGAGCGGUCGGCAAGUUGCGGUCAAACGCUUGGCGGCCAAUUCAACCCAAGGCAUCGCUCAGUUCGAGUCAGAGCUAGAAUCUCUCUCGCGUUUCCAUCACCCGAACAUUGUCACCAUCAUGUGCUAUGCCCAGGAAGGCAACGAGCGCUGCUUGGUCUACGAGCUGAUGGCAAACGGAUCUGUUCGCGAUCGUCUUGAUCGCAAGGGUGGCACGCCUGCAUUGAACUGGGCUCAACGCCGAACCAUUGCAACCGAUAUUGCAACCGCCAUGCACUUUGUCCAGACUGCCAUUCCGCGGCAGCCGCUGUUCCACCUGGAUCUCAAAACGAGCAACGUGUUGCUGGAUGCUGACUUUCACGCCAAAGUCGCCGAUUUUGGGCUGACGCGCUCUGUGCCAGCUCAAGUCGAUGAACACAGCUACAUUCGUACGCAAACGGUUCAAGGCACACUGCAGUACAUCUGCCCGCAGUACCACCAGGAAGGCAAGGUCUCCAUCAAAACGGAUGUGUACUCGUACGGCAUGAUUCUGCUUGAGCUUGUUACUGGACAACAGCCCAGCAUCGAUUUGAUGGGUACUGUUCGGCACCAGCUUAAACGGAGCCGUAAAAUCGAUGCGGUGCUUGACAAGGCAAUUGACUGGAGCAGUGAAGCUAAAGAGUCGGCACAGGCCAUCGCCGAGCAUGCGGCUGAUUGUCUCGAACCCGCACGAGUCUAUCGACCAUCGUUCGGCGAGAUCCUGAGACGAUUGUCGGGCGAAGAAGCCGGAGCGAACGAGGAAGAGGCUAUUGAGCGUGAGUGCUUGAUCUGUUGCGACGCCCCGACGAAUGCCAAGCUGAUGCCGUGCUGCCACGCAUGUGUCUGUGUUGCGUGUGCUCGAGUGAUGAUCCAUCGCCACAGCACCUGCCCGAUUUGCCGGGUGCGUCUGACGUCUUUCAAGCAGGGCGCAUUCAACCAGACCUUUGUUCCGUGA